AUGACGACGACCGUAGGUCUGCUGUCGCCUUUGUUGCCACCGACCGCGGUGACCGCUGCCGUAGCCGAAGAGCACCAGCAACAGGAUUACUAUUACGUGCCGCAGCCGCAGCCCACUCGCGUCGUACGCAUGAAAAUGUGGAGUGACGACGACGACGAAAAUAAUUAUUGCGCCGACGACAAUUCGACGAAUAGUUUCUUAUUACUGAACAACAUGGGUAUUCAUGUUCCUCCGAUGACAACAAACAUGUCAAAUGAAACUGGCAGUGAAUCAAAUGCAUGUAAAAGACGGUUAUCCUCGUCAUUAGAAAAUGAUCAUAUUCCUAAAAUAGCUAGGCGUAUGGUUAAUAACGAGGAUCUAUUGCAAAAUGAACAUAUUGUCGAGCAAUUGGAUACGGCGUCUCGACUAGACGACGAUGAUGCAACAUCAUCAAUUGUUGCUGCUAUAGCGGCCGUUACUGAUGAUUCAGAUUGCAGUAUUGACGAUGAUGAUGACGAUGAAGACGAUGAUGAUGACGAAGAUGACGACGACGAUGAUCAAUACUUGCCCGCUGGUAGUUUGUCACUAUCCUCGUCCAACAGUGGCAAUAUCACAAAUUCAACAAAUUCUUCUUCAUUGUCGACACUAUCGCCUUCCCAACAGCAUCACAAUCAGAACCAUUGGAGGCAACAUCACCAACAGCAGCAAACUAUCAAAUGUGACACUAACGGUAAGUGUUAUUUGGAUUUAGGUAGCGGUGGUAGCAGCACAACACUGACAACAACCAUGGCUACAAUACAACCACGAAUCAACAGUGAACCGGAGUGCUGUGAGCUGGGACGUUGUGUACCUUCAACACAGUGUUACAGACGACGUAGAGCUGCGGUAUUUGAUGCAUCAAUGCGCAAAUUAGGAAAAUCAAGUGGUGGGUCUGGUAACAGCUCACAACAAAGUUGCGAAGCUGGACUCCGGAGGUCUGUGCUCAUUUGCAACACGCUAAGAUUGAUUGAGCGUGAAAUGACACGAGAAGCUGCUGCUGCAGCUCAACAGGCUCAACAACGACGUUGCUGCACUACGACAACAUCCAAUACGUCACAGCAAUUGAUCCAACAGCAACAAAUUGAUGUUUCACACCAACAUAAUAACCAUAACAACAACAACAGACGAUCUCCCACUCCAUACCCCACGGAGUACAGAAAUGGCCGACCAGAAAUGAUGGUGGAACAUAACAGCAGUAGCAGCAGCAGCAGCAGCAGUAGUAGCAGCACAUCAGAUUCCAUUGACUCAGGUGUUGACGACGAAUACUACUACGACGAAGAUGAUGAUGAUGACGAUCAUCAUCAUAGACAUACCACAGUGAUGGCAAAUAAUCACCAAGAUCUAAAUAACCAUCAUCUCCAAUAUUACCAAUUGAACGGAAGUAUUGAAGAUUGUGACAAUUAUAUUCAUUCAGAUGAUUAUGACGAAGACGAUGAUGAUGAAGAUGACGAAGAUGACACUAAUAAUUCCCCUUUAACGGAACUACAAAUUUAUGAUAACAGUUUCAAUAACAAAAGAAACACGGCAAUGAGUAUUGGUGAUGAUCAUUGUGACGAUAACAUACUUCCAUUAAUAGGUAAUAGUAACACAACGACAGUUACGUCUAUCGAUUGGGGUUCAGUUCUAAGUUUGUCAUCGUCGAACAGCAACAAUAAUGGCAAUAAUUCACAGUCUACAUCGUCAACUUCAAUAACAUUGAUGAACAAUAUUGAUAGCGAUUGUGAUGAUAUCACAACAAUAAUAUCUACUGCAAAUGUAGAUCGCAAAUCUCAACAGCAUAAACGUAGAAGGCGACACUAUAAACAUCAUUACCAUCAUAGUCAAAUUCAUACAAAACACAGACAUCACCAUUCCCAUCACCAUCAAAGGUCGCAAAAACGUCGAGAGCGUGGAAUAACAUCAUCAUUACCAAUGUCAAAAAACAGGACAUCAAAUUAUCAAGUUCUGUCGCAAGUAGGUCCUUGUAAUAAUGAAUAA